AUGCCGAAAGUCUCAGCCUCCAAAAGAUCGAAACUAGGAUCUUAUGAGGAGCAGUUUGGAGCGGAAGUGCUUUCAACGGACGGAUCGGUACUCCUAUGCAAAGUCUGUGAGAAGGAAAUGAACGCGGAGAACAAGUUGCUCGUGACGCAGCAUCUUAAUGGUAUCAAUAACGAGUCUCUGAUGGAGAAUAGGAAACAAUCAGGUUCUACAACCUUACAGCAGCUGACAACGCUAGUUGCGGCUACAGGGAAGAAUUCUCAGUUCAGCACGGACCUGUUUGAGGCCCUCGUGUCCUCUGGCAUACCGCUAUGGAAAUUGGAGAAUGAGAAAUUUAAGAGCUUCCUGCGGACUUACACGAAGCAACAAAUUACAUCGUCUGUAACCUGGCGAACGGGAUAUCUCAAGAGCCUCUAUGAGGGAAAAUUGGCACACAUCAAAGAAUAUGUCGGGGAGAAACGAGUAUGGAUAUCCAUUGAUGAAAGCACGGACGCUGUGGGAAGGUUCGUUGCUCAUACGAUCGUUGGAACACUGGAAGCAUCAGAGAGUAAAAGCUUCCCUCCUAAUGCCAAAAAUUUGGAGAAAACGAACAGUUCGACCAUAGUCCAGGCUUUUCUGAACUCAUGGACCCUUCUGUGGCCAGACGGCAUAAAGCACGAGAGGGUACUCCUCUUCCUGAGUGACGGAGCUGCCUAUAUGAAAAAAGCCGGCUCAGCUCUGCAGGUGAUAUUUCCGAAAAUGGUGCACGCUACCUGCGCAGCACACGCUGUUCAUCAGUUGGCUGAGGAAAUCAGGACCAUCUUCCCGGAUGUAGACAAGUUGGUCUCCAACGGGAAGAAAAUUUUCCUGAGGUCUGCCGCUCGAGUGAGCAUAUUCCGCGAGAUCGCUCCCGGAGUGCCGCUGCCACCCCAGCCAGUUCUGACAAGAUGGGGUACCUGGUUGAACGCAGCGGUUUAUUACGCCGACCACUUCGAUUUUCGAAGGUUUUGUACGCUCUGGACGUCAGUGACGCUGCGAGCAUCGGAGCGGCUGCUCAAUUGGUGA